CUAUCCACUUGAUCUCGGGCUGCCUUUGUCUGCUAGAUUAAUGAACCGUUUUUUUUCCACUCUCAAAAGAUCUCGUAGCCGGCCACGAAAAUCCCACCGCCACCGCCAUCGCCACUAUCACUCUCGCUCGGAGAGCUCCGAUUCCCUCUCCUCUAGCUGCCAAAGCAGGCACAGAGCCAGGUCUCGGGAGGAAGGCCACAAAGCAAGACGAAGAUGCUCCCAGCACUGUUCAAAGAGCACUGAGAAGCGAAGCAUCUCUGCAGAGGGUCAGGCCAGCCAUUCCCCCCGCCAAACCCUUCAGAGCUACAGCUUCCUCUCAGCUAAGGAAGUAAUCUCAAAGUCGGGGUCAUCUGCUGACCUCUUUACCAAAACAGACAGCCCACUUGGCAACCUAGCCAGUCGGAAUGGAGGGGCUCAUGAAUCUGACUCAGGAAACGAUACUUCCUCCCCUCCCUCCACUCAGACAAGCUCAGCCAGGCCAAAGGACAGCCAGGAGCAAAGAAGCCUAGCCCACAAUGGCUUUGGCCAUGCCUUCUCACCUGGGAAGCCCAAAAUGGCCAACAGCGAUAACAGCUCUGAUUCGGGAAAUUCCUUCACCAGUUGCUUUUCCCAGAGCAAGGGAACAACUUUGGAAAAUCUCUCUCCGGAUGCCCAGGGACAGGACCAAAGAAGUUUCCUGCCCCCGUGUCUCACGUGCUCGGAGAUGAAGAAGCAGAGCCACCUACAUUCCCCAGACCGCAGCUCCCCACUGAGACCAUGCUCCCGCAGAGAGUCGUACACCAGCACAGGGCAGUCCUCCCGUGGCUCCAGUCGCUCCGCCCACUCCCGCUCAUUGCAUCAUCAGGCCACGCCCAGGUACUCCCGAAGCAGAUCCUACUCCUCAGGGAAAAGGUCCUAUUCAUUUUCCCCCAGCUACUCAUCCAAGUCCUGCAAAAGAAGCCCUGGAAGCAGGAACUCAAGAUCACGUCGUAGCCCCAGUUAUUCCCGCUACAGCCCCAGCAGGGACCGCGCGAGAGAGCACACGUAUGGCUCCAGCGAGAAGGAGUCCCAGAGGGAGCGGAGCAGGCGGCGGCGGAGGUCCUACUCGCCCAUGAGGAAACGCAGGAGAGAUUCUCCCAGCCACCUGGAAGCUCGCCGUAUCACGAGUGCCCGGAAACGCCCCAUCCCAUACUACAGGCCCAGUCCUUCCUCCUCCAGCAACGUCAGCAGCUGUUCCUCCUGGUACAGCAGCGUCAGCCGCUCUCCCGGCCGCAGCCGCAGCCGCAGCUACUCCAGCGACAGGAGCAGCCGGAGCAGAAGCUGGAGCAGCAGCAGUGACAGCGGCCGAAGCCGGAGCCGGAGUUCGGGCCCAAGGAGCAGCCGCAGCAGGAGCAGGAGUUACGACUCUGCGGACAGCUAUGACAGCCUGCGACGCUAGGGCGUCCCCCUCCCUGCCACCUGCAUGGGGGUUGUCUCUUUCAAUUCCUCUCUCCUCCAGCCUCCCUGGGGAGAGCUCAUUCUUUCAUGUUUCUGUUGUGGCAUCCACCAGCGCCCUGUUGUGCUGGGCACUGCACACAUAGAGGCAGCCCCAGAGAACACGUGGGCAGAGAGGUAGGAUCCGUGCUUUGCAGCGGCUGUAUUGAUUAUAAACCAGCCUCCCCCACCCAUUCCUUGCCUAUCUCCAGGGAAGCAUUUCCUAGGGGCUAAUCCAGGGAGUGAGUUUAGUUCCUUGCUUUUCCCUGGCCAGCAGGCAGCAAGCACUGAUUCUUUGGUUGGGGGAGAGGGAAAUAAUGUAAAGGAAACUCUCUUCAAGGCUUUUGGGCCAGGCAGGAAGUCUGGCCCUGCUUCUAUUGAGGUCAAUGGCAAAGCUUCCCUUGACUCCAGGGUGGAGCCCCCCAAGCGCUGCAGUGUGGCCUCUCCCCUCCAAAGGGAAAAACCAGAGGCUUCUGCAGGAUCAAUUCACCUUCCUUGGAGGUGGCUUUCCCACUGUGCCCCUCCCCCGGGGAAGAAUAUUCAGUCCCCAGGGAUCAGCCAAUUCCUGCUGUGAAUGUGAAGAAGGAAAUUCCACGGGGUGUGGAUUGUUUGGAAGGGGCCAGUCCCUUGCCCCGCCCCCAUUUUUAGGUCACGAGUUUGCUUCCCUUCACCCCAGCAAUAUGACCCGCUGGUGAGACGAUAAGCGGCAGUGGAAACAAGCAAGGGUUGGGAGCUGAGAGGCCAGGACAACAAUCAGGAAAUGCAAGGGAGCAAAGUCCUGUCACUGUGGCUCCUGUGAUGCCUCAGCACCAGAGCUCUCGGGGGCUGCUGCUGGUGGCCGGUUUUGUCACAGGAGCUUUGUGUGGGGCAAUGGAAUUCCCCUGCAGGGCACGUGGGAGUGUAAGUUCCAGGUCCUUUUGGGUACCGGGGCAUGGGGAACUCCAAUGAAACAUAUUAGUAUGUAGCCCCCAGGAGAGCCAGUCAUGGGCCUCAUUGCGCCAGGCGCUGUACAAACACAAGAGGAGGGUCCCUGUCCGAAAGAGCUUGAAGUUUGUGACCUCGACCCCUCCAGCCUUCCCUGCUCCCCCAAAGAUCAGUUCCCAUGUAAUACAAUGCCUGGCCCAGAGCUGCUCAAAGUGCAGAAGCCUCAACUAGCAAGACUUUUUAUUUAUCAGCAGAAAGGAGGGGGAGCCCCCAGCAGCAGAGACCAGCUCCAUGGUUAAUGAAAGAAGAAAGCCUGUCUUCUGUACUGACUGGGCAGGGGCCUACCAUGCUCCAUGCUGCUGCUACUUAGCGACUAGUGGCUAAUCAGAUCAGGGUUCCAGUGUGCUAGGUGCUGUACCAUCGUACAGGAAAUGACAGUCUCUGCCCCAAGGAUCUUGCAGUCUAAGACAUAACAGGUGGAUGAGCCAAACAAGCAGGCUGGCAUGGUGGGGCGGGGUGGAAGGGCGAAAGGGAUGGGGUAACACAUAUAAGAUGUGCACAAUGAGUGGCAGCAAUUGCAGCUUGCCACCUGCCUAGCCUGGCUGACAGGCCCAAAGAGACAGGGAAUGACAGACCAGGGAAGUGUUCCAGCUGCUUGGCUAGCUGGAGGAACACUCCUGGCAUCACCUGGGAGAGCAGCCAGGGGUGGAUAGCUGGUUUAUCGACAUGCCACCAACCCAGAGCAGAGACUAACAGCCCCCUGCCCCACAGGUGUCCGGUGUUGGUGCGACAGCCCUAGUGCAGGAGAGGGGUCCUUUGUGGGAUGGGGCAAGAGAGCAUUGCUGUUGGUUUAGGGUCUUCAUUUUCCCUGGUGCUUUAACACAGCCAGCUGCUAGGGGAUAAUCCCUCUUCGCAAAGCAGAGAGCGCAAGGUUAAAAAUGGGCGAGCGACUGGAAGCAAAAUAACUCAUCAAUCCCCAACUGUCCUCCCGGAGACAGCUGAGAAUAAUGGCUGCCCUGCCCCUAGAUUCCUUACUCUGAGCGCCAGAGCCCAGCCCUGGAGACACUUGUUGGAAAUUCCUCUGGGAGAUGUACAGUGACAGGCACAGAGACCCAUGGCUGAGCGUGCUGGCCUCCUGGCCCUCCCUCCCAGACACUCCCCCCAUACAUUGUAAGCAAGGGCACCAGGCCGCUAGGAAUUGUUCCCCCUGCAGAAUCACAGGAGUCCUUUGAAGAAAGAAUUAGCAGCCGCCGCAGUUUUACCCAAACACAAGGCAGCAGAAUGUUUUCUGUGCCAUGCAGAGGGUUACAACCUGAGUCUGGGGCUUGCUGGGGGAGAAUGCAUCCAGAGUAACCUUUCCCUGCCCUUUGCAGCAGUGCAGGAGGCAAUGCAGCGCCAUCUCCCCCCACACACACCCGUAGAUCUCUGAAGCAGCUGCUGCAUGAAGCACUUUACUUGCUGGUCCAGUCAGACAGCUACUCAGGUGGAGAGGUGGCAGCCUGAGGAGGAAGAAGCAGGAUCUAGGAAAGCGGGGGGUACCCAUCAAUUGCCCAUUUCCUGACCAGCCCUCGGCGCUUCUUGUGGAGGGCAGUGGUCAUCCUUCCUUUGUUUUCUCUUUGCAAUGAUUGCCAGUCCAGCCCGCUGUGCGAUUACUGUGAUUUGCUGCCUAACAAAGGCCUCUUGCAGGUGCAGGCUCAAUUGGCACUGGAAAGUUUCUUUUUCUUGCAACAGCUGAGUGCUUAGAGCAGCUAAUUUGGGAUUAAGAGGUUCGUUUCCCCCUCCUUCCCUUCCGUCUCCCCCAGCCUGCACAACUAUUAUCCCAUUUAGUCUUAAUGACACAAGGAUGUAGGGCCUCAAGUGUUCCGAGGGGCCGAGCAGAAAGUUGACGAGGAGACGAAAGACUGCACGUGUAAAGAGACGCACAUCUACUGGUUGAAGAGCCACCUGCCCCCCUGAGUCACGGAGACUUAAAAUGAACAGGCAAAGGCAUGACCUGAAUGGGAGGUGUUUGUGUGCAGUAUAUAGAGAGAUGUGGCUCACGGUUAUUAGCAGCUGUUAUUUCCUGUGAUCCAGGAAGAGGUGUGCAACCAUUCACAGAACGGAGGCCUUCAUUUCUAACCCAUCGAAGGAUUUCUAUAUUGCACUACUGCCAUGUAGCAAAGGUGGUUUUAUUGGCAAUGCUCCUCCACGGGCCAGAACCCGACUUAGGAGAGAUUCAAUUCUGUGUGAUCCAUGGGGUGGCAUGUCAUUGCUCGUAGUAGUUCAGGAAAAGGGUCUAGAUGAUUCUCAUUUUCCAACGUCUCUAGAAAAUAGAAAACUGGGAUUCCGGCCAGUGCUGCACCUACAGAUGUCCCAAAGUCAUGGCUGGGGGUUAAAUGCCACCCACCCCCUCUGUCUGAGUGUUUAUGUGGUGAUGUUAUAAUGUGCAGCCGUUGGGUGGGGGGGAGGGAAUUGUAUAUGUCCUUUUCUAGAUCUUACUCAGUCCCUCUGCCUUCAGUGUUUUGCAGCAAAAUCUACCUUGGAAGGAAUGAAGACUUUUGCCCCCCCGUGCCCAGCACGAUACUCAAACACAUCACACCUUUGUUUUCCCAGUAGGAUGCAGUCGCAGUUAUUGGAGGCCUAGAACAUUUGACCGAGGUCUAACUCCACCACUGUUGCAAGAAUAAGCCCUGCACGUGUUGAAUACCCAACCACGUCUGGUGCAAUUAGGCACCGUGCCAGGCAGUUCAAAGGAGGCUUGUAAAACUGGUGUAAAUAGUAAAACCUUGUGUUGACCUGACUUCCUUACUGAUGAGGCUCUACGAACAAAGCUCCAUGGACUGUCCUCAGUCCAUGUGGAUGGGAGUAGCAUACAUGGACCCAGGGUAAAGAGAUGGCUCCCAGGAGCAUGCUGAGCCUGCAGUGUCCUUCGCGUGGGCCUGCUGAUCCACUCAACAAGGACUGCCUCUCAUCCUACUAUCUAUCCCAUGGCAGCUAAAACUCCUUAGGUUUCCCAAUCAGCAUUGUAUUGGAGUAAACCUGUUAAAUUAUUUAUUAUUAUUAUUGUGAUUAUUAUUCUAUUUUUAAUUCUAUGUCAGACUGGAUGCAAUUGGUCACCGUUAACAGUAUUUAUUUAUUAUAUUUUUUGAAUGAUAAGUUAUUUUUGGGUUUGUUUGUUUGUUUCAAUGUCUCCAUGUCCCCUUGCAAGUCCAAAGGACAACUUCAGAACUCUAUGGUCGCUUUGCGUUCAGGCCUGGUAUUGACACAUCUGACUGUAGCUCAUACUAAAGUUGGUGGUAAGGAAAGCAAAAUAAGUCCACUUUAUUGUGAUAGAAGGAUGGGGGUGAAAAGUUAACGGGCAUCAGAAGGACGCUCUGCAUAGUCUUUUCCCAUUGAAAACUAGGGUUCAUCACAAAAUGUUUAUCCACCCUUCUGUGUGCUGGAGUCCAAUAGAUGUGUAUGGUGAUGGAUUCUAUUUAUGCAUCACAAGCCUGAGAUCUCACAGAAGAUAUGACAAGAAUCCUGCUGCUUCCUGUCUGGUUAAAUGGGAGAGGGGAGGGAAAUUUGCAAUCCUGCAAAGGGAAAUCACAGAACAGCCCUUUGCUAGGAGUAGAGGUGCCAGUUGGCUGAAAGGCAUAUUUCCCUCCUCUCCUUGAGUCAGACCACAAAGUAUAACCUGGCUUCUCUGAUGAAGAAACUCUGGUUCUCUCUGUGGUUGCCAUCCGUAGGACUUUUAUAUGGUGUUUGUUACCAACUGAUGACGUAGCUGUGGUAGAUACAAGAAACAACAGUAUGGAAGAACCAGCAGUCCUGAAGAUGUUUCCAAAACCCGAUGUCAAAGUGACAAAGUCCAGCCAAGUCAUGGGGAAAGUUAGUUUUUCGCACUCAUUGGUGGAGCUAUUUUAAUUUAACUUGAUGAAAUUUCCAGUACAGUCCAAAAGGCAGCCCUGCUUAUUGGUUGACAUUUGGGAUUUCUGCAGGUUUGCAAAAACCCCUCCAGCUUUUCUGUCGUCUGUGCCUUUUGCCAGCAGCUUUUUUUCUUUUUUUUAAUGGUGUGUUGCUUUUGAAGACAUUUUGCACCCUGACAUCUCCAAUUUCUGCCAAUGCGCUGCAAAAAAAGCAUUCUUCGGUUAGUGGAAACACAACUCGGUUGUACAUGGAUCAUGGCUAAUUUGAGGCUAGCCAGCUUCUCCUGAGAGUGAGGGAUUCUUGAGGACAUUUGCAACUCUUCAGAUAGUUCUAAAGUUUUAUGAAAUAGUUAAACCUCCCUCCCUCUCUCUUGUUCCCACAUCCCAAUGAAGUUUGAAAUGCUCCUACAUUCCAAAACCCAGGGACCCCACAAGGUUCUCGUUUGUAUAAUGUACAGUGAUCUAAAUCAUGUUGUUCUGGGUUCUGUUAUUCCUAACUGCUCGUUAUGCUCUUUUAAUAGCUAAUAUCCCCCCACUCCACCACCACACCCCCAAAAAAACCCAAACAAACUGGAAUCCUCAUGGUCUUUCUGUCCUGAUUCUCCAGAUCCUAUUUACACCUCACUGCAGAACUCAGCUCUUCGGCUUCUGCACUGACUAGCAAAGAGUUGGAGCAGUGUUAAGGCCCCAAUGCACCUGCUGCUCUCAGUGGUUUACCCACGUCAGCUCUUUUGCUUUACGCCGGUUGUGAUGGUUUAAAUUUAUUUUAUUUGCAAGUUAUACCAAACUAUUGUCUGCAAGCAGCCGAUCAAUGUUCUUUUGCUAUGCAUUGUACAUAUAGUGAAGAGGCUAAGAGGACUUGGCCUGUUAUUUAAUAUUUAUUUCUUUUAUUUAUUGAGCAUUAUUUAAAGAUGAUAUUUGGAUCCUGCCAUUGGGGGCCUCACAGACUGGAGCCUGGAAAUUUGGGGUGUUGCCAUCUCUGGGGUGGCGGGGCACAUUGUAAAAGAGGUAACUGAUGAAACUAUCGAAUGAAAUGGACUCUUGUCAAAAUGGAGGCUUCAGGUAGACAAAUUGGGAUCAGAUUGAGCUAAAAUGCCAGUACAUCAUAGGGAAGCCUCAUUUAGCUGGAAACAAAUAGCAGAGGGGGAAAUUAAUGAACCAAUUUCUGUUAAAGUCACAGCUCCUUGAAAAAGUAUUUUAGGUAUCUGGAAGCAACUGUUUAGCCUGUAAUUUGAGGUGCUAAUAGGAAGAUUAGACUUGUUCUUCUCCAUCCAUGUUUUAAUAGAGCUUCCUAGAUUGUUGACUAGCCCCUGCAUCUAUCUGGGCACUUAGAUGGCCAACUUCACAUGAGCAUGUGAGCACCUCCCAACCAUUCAUGGAUUUUAUCCUCAGGCAGGAAGUAGUAUCACAAUUUUACAGGUGGGGACCUGAGCACAGGUAGGUUAAGUGACAUCCUCAAGGUCACACAGGGAGUUAAUGGAACCCAGCUGUCCUGAUCCAGUCCAAUGCACUAUCUGUUAGACCGCCCUUCCUCUUAUUGUUCCCUGCAUUGACUCUUGUCCCACAUGCUCCAUACUGGAGCUGCUAACUUUCCAUACUGGGGAGCGGGGGGGGGGGGGAAUCCUUUUCAGCCUUGACUGCACCGAGUUUUUUAGCCAGUGGUGCAGCUGCACUCCUGCAAACCUCUAGUGUAGUCCAUGUUGCACCAGUGUAAACCAUGACCUGCCUCAGUGCAGCUUAUCCUGGUUUGAAACAAUGUGACAUGCUAAACAGUGUGGCCCAGCUCCUUGGUGGAUGUAAACCAGUGUAGCUCCAUUGAAGUCAAUAGCCGCCCUCCCAUUAAUGUCAAGGGGAACUAUUUGGCACUUUAUGGCCAAGAUUUUAAAAAAUAACUAUUUAAAGUUAGUCUCCUUUGGGCCAGAUUUUAAAUGUAUUUAGGUUUCUAACUCCUAUGGAAGUGAGGUAUCUAAGUACCUUUAAAAAUCUGGCCCGUAGUGCAUAUUUAGGUAUCAAAAUAAGUGUCUUGAUUUUCAUAGUUGUUGAACCAACCAUAGUUCCCAUUGACUUCACUCAGUGAUGUCAGGUGCUUGGCCUUCCUGAAAAUCAGGACACUUAUUUAGGACACUAAAAAUAUGGAUUUAGGUGCCUAAUUCGAGGCAUUCAAGUUGAAAUAUUUUGAUCCUAGUGCUCACUGUCCAGUAAGUUUUAUGGCUUCCUUACUAGGAAAUCAAUAGGUCAUAUGACUUUUGUUGUAUCACAAAAAUUUUCAUGUGACAAAGAGAGAAGGUCAUUGCUAAAAGUCCUGGAGCUUCGCAUACAAUAAACCAUUCAGCUUAGAAAGAAGAACCAUGCAUGGCUCCCUGAAUAAGGGACAGGUGCCUUUCAUCAGGUGACCCUAGUCACUGAUGAAGACCUCCCACUCUAAGAUUUCUGGCACACCAAAUCCAGCAUGAGCCAACAGAAGGUCCACUGAUGAUGACCUGGAAGGUCUCUAGUGAGCAGUACCCUAGAUCCAACUGGCUUGGUGUUCUCAAAUGGCAGGGCCCCAAUGGCAGGUUCAGUGUCAAAUACCAUUAACCGAAAAUGUUUAGAACAAAGCAGAGAAGGGAGAAGAGCCGCUCUGGGAGUAGUGUGUCUCCAUCACUCUUCUCUGUUGGUCGACCACUUCCAAAUUAUACAGAAGCAUCUGAUCAUUUUAUGUCAUUGUAGAGCUACCUUUGAUUUCCAAUGAAAAGCAUAUUGUGUUCUUUAGUCUUCCUGAGGUAUUUAAUUUGUUAGCCUGGUUCAAAGAAACAACAAGCAUUCAAAUAAAGGUU